UUCCAAGUUGCAUAUCAUUUUUGAAAAAAAUAAGAGAAACGUCCGGAACCUGUGAGAUGUUUCCGGACAGCAUACAUAAAUACGGUAACAACUACUCCUAUUAAACCAACCAAAGAGAGAGAGCAAGAAAUGUUUUUCUUCUUUGCAGGAGGAGUAGAGAAUCAGGUAAGGCAAGUAGUGAAAUCCGGCGCCGGAAAAUGUCUCAACUGCCGAUCACCUUCCGAUCUGGUGGACUACGACAAGGUUCUCAAGCUCUUCUUCGUGCCUGUUUGGCGCUGGCCUGAAAAGGAUCAGCUCAUGCACUGUAACAAUUGUAAUCUCUUUUUUCCGCCUUCGCCUCGUCUUCACGAUGUUGAUCUUCGAUGUCAAAUUUGUGGCCGGGGAGUUGAGUCUCAGUUUAGCUUCUGUCCGUUUUGUGGAUCAUCUUUGUAAAGAGUUUUAGUAGUUUAUGUAAUAACAACUGUUUGCUAAUAUGCCUGAAUCAAAAUAAUGUACAAAUUGCAACAAGGAACUUGGCCUAGAUAAUAAAGGUAUAAUCUAUGUUUGUUUUGCUAGAUUAGAA